GAUGUGGCCAUGGUGGACCUAAAACGCACCCUUUCAGAUCUGGUAUCUUCCUUGCCGCCAUGGCCGGAGGAUUAACGUCUUUUCCGCAGGGCUGGGGGCCCCGCUAAGACUGUCCAUUCCCCACCACUUUCUGGAUGGAAAAUGACCUAAAGGUGACCGGACCUCUCUCCCAGACGGAGCUGCCAUUCCGCGGGCGGCCGCCAGGGGGGCCUCCGCUCGUGUCCCCUCACGAGAGCCGCGCGCCGGGUGCCUGUGGGGGCUGCUGAGGAGCCGCGGCGGCUGCGGCCGGAGCCCCGCGUUCGCUCGCCCGCGCGCUCCCUCAGACCGCGCGCGCUGGCCCGGGAGCCCCUCGUUGGAUCCGCGAGCGUCGCCCCUCCUGUCCCGAGCUCACCCUCUUCCUCCCGCGCCGCCUACCGCUGCCCCAGCGAGGGGAGCCGACAGGGCCCCGGGGCUGAAGGUAAAACCCCACGAAAGAAACAUGAGAUUCCUGUGGAAAUCAUUAAAGAGGAAGGUGGAAGGGGCCAUCUAAAAGAUUUUGAAAGCUGCAGACCGCAAGACUGGGUCCAGAGGGCUGGCAGUGGAAAACCCUGUUGGGUUGUGAUCUCUCCCUGAAGGGUCCCAGUUGCCUUUUUGCUUCCUGCAAAGGGAAGGAAGAGAGGGAGAAGACCAUGUCCAUUGCCUUGAAGCAGGUGUUCAACAAAGACAAGACAUUCCGGCCUAAGAGGAAAUUUGAACCUGGCACACAGAGGUUCGAACUCCACAAACGAGCUCAAGCAUCCCUCAACUCGGGUGUGGACCUGAAGGCAGCUGUGCAGCUGCCCAGCGGGGAGGACCAGAACGACUGGGUGGCGGUGCACGUGGUGGACUUCUUCAAUCGGAUCAACCUCAUCUACGGGACCAUCUGUGAGUUCUGCACCGAGCGGACCUGCCCUGUGAUGUCAGGGGGCCCCAAAUAUGAGUAUCGGUGGCAGGAUGACCUCAAGUACAAGAAGCCGACUGCCUUGCCAGCUCCCCAGUACAUGAACCUUCUCAUGGAUUGGAUCGAGGUCCAGAUCAACAACGAGGAUAUAUUUCCAACAUGUGUAGGUGUUCCCUUCCCCAAGAACUUCCUGCAGAUCUGCAAGAAGAUUCUGUGCCGCCUCUUCCGGGUCUUCGUCCACGUCUACAUCCACCACUUCGACCGGGUCAUCGUGAUGGGCGCGGAGGCCCAUGUCAACACCUGCUACAAACACUUCUAUUACUUCGUCACGGAGAUGAACCUCAUAGACCGCAAGGAGCUGGAGCCCUUGAAAGAGAUGACGAGCAGGAUGUGUCACUAACGCCCCAUCUUAUCCUUCGGAAGAAAGAGGAAAGCUGUUUCCUCCGGAGUCCCGGGCGGGCAGGAGGGAGACUUCCCUGGCUGAAAAGAUGCACCGACUUCCAGGAGCAGGCGAGCUGGAGACCAGCGGUGAUUCCCAAGAGAUGUUCCCACUCACUUCAUGUGCUCUUAACCCUCUGAGUGCUGCUAGCCACGACCUGUGGACCUGGCUGGGAGGGGGACGGCCCCCUCCCUUCUGUCUCCGAUCGGAUCGUCCCGGAGGAAGGAAGCCUCUGCACUUAUGUGCGCGUCGCAGUUCUGCUGUGACCUAACGCCUAAGCUUUACUGGAAUUCAGGUUUUGAGACUGAGAUACCUAAUUGUACUUUUCCACUUACCUGUCUUGUCGGCCAGCUGCCUUUUCUGUCAUGUGUUUUCUUAGUCCCCAGUGAAUUUUGAAACUCUGGGUGCACAGCCAGCUUUUCUCUAAUGAGCCUUCCUGUCCGGUCCCUGCAGGCUCCGGUCCUGAUGCUGUGGUCUUGCUCAGAGGCCCGCAGCCCGCCCGGCAGCAUCAGUGCAAUUUCUCUCAUAGGCAGUUUUCCCAGCGGAUGGCUGGGUCUCUGCCCCGAACAAGGUCUGCACUACACAUUCCCUGCAGGGAAGAGACUGGUCCGUAGUCUAAGGCUAACGAGUUACCAGUUCACCCUGAACAGAAUGUGUUUUUUAAUAACCACACCAUUCCUUAUCGCUUCCAUUCAAGACAGUUUUCCCUGUUUCCCAGAAGAGAGCAAUAAAAGAAGUUAUAAAUGACCAAGAGUGAUCUGCAGAAGCCCUGAGUCAGAUUAAUGCAGCAUUUGUUCUUAAUUAAAGGGUGUGGUGGCUGUCUCUACACAAUACUGAAAUUUCAACGGAAAAAAACAAAAACCAAAAGACCAAAAGUACAAUGGGUAAUUGGUGCGUGCAGCCCAGAUGCCUGACCCAUUGCCUGGUAAUCUUCCCAGCCAGCCCUCUGAGCUUCUAGAUCCAGCCGAAGUUUUCCUUCUCUUCCUCCACUCACUCCCCUCCUCUGCCUUAUGAUGUUAUGACACAGAGCUACUUUCUGCCCGGAUGAUGCUUGUGCCACGGUUGCCAAGGUAACAGUGGAGCUGGAGCCAUCUUCCUUCAUCCGUCCUCCCCCGUGUCCCUGUCCCAGCAGACAGCAUCAUUCUGUGCUACACCCUGCCUUUUGAAAGCUAAGUGACUUUUAGCUGAAGAAAUGUGGCCUUCUCUGAUUCAUUCGCAAAACUGUGGUGAUCCUGAGAGCCUGGGACGAGGGGGCAAUGACACUUCCCGUGAUGGUUUGAAUUGGACAAAAUAGCAGUUGGUGGAGGGGUGUAGAUAAGAUUGUGUUAGUGCAUCUUAAUGAGAUCCUGAUUAAAGAAUAACUAAACAG